AUGUAUCUCAAAGUAUUCACUCAAAACUCCAAAGAAAUAACUACCCUCAAUCGCCAGCUGGUACUUCCUGGUAGACACGUCAUCAAUUAUCACCCGUCUUCAGAAGCCAACAUGAAUAUUAGUACUUGUACCAAACCACUAAAGAAUUCUCCAAAAUGCCUCUUAACAAAAACACAGGCACGGGUCAAGUCCUCCUCUUCCUAUGUGGUUGACGUGUUCGUCUUUAUGCAGACAUUAUCUCUGGGUCCACAGCAGGACUCGAACCUGAAAACUCUGCAUCAGAAUACACAGUACUUUAUCCACGACGCCAGAUUCCUGAUAAGUAUGGGCGCCUAUCCGAAACUAGACGUCUGUUCCUCUUACUGGGAUGAAUCACUAAUGUUGCUGUUCGCAAUGCGACAAAUUGUGCAGGAAUCAUCUGAGUACGUACCUUUAGAGCUGAAUUUUGGCCAUAAUCCUCACCUCGAAGGACAAGGUCGACCUCCAGCCUCACCUCGGAGGACAAGGACGACCUCCAGUCUCACCUCGGAGUACAAGGUCGAAUUCCAGCCUCACCUUGGAGGACAAGGUCGACCUCCAGUCUCACCUCGGAGGACAGAGUCGACCUCCAGCCUCACGUCGAAGGACAAGGCUGACCUCCAGUCACACCUCGGAGGACAAGGUCGACCUCCAGCCUCACCUCGGAAAACAAGGUCGACCUCCAGCCUCACCUCGGAGGACAAGGUCGACCUCCAGCCUCAUCUCGGAGGACAAAUUCGACCUCCAGGGUCAUCUCGGAGGACAAGGUCGACCUCCAGGGUCACCUCGGAGGACAAGGUCGACCUCCAGGAUCACCUCGGAAGAAAAGGUCGACCUCCAGGGUCACCUCGGAGGACAAGGUCAACCUCCAGGGUCACCUGGGAGGACAAGGUCGCCCUCCAGGGUCACCUCGGAGGACAAGGUCGACCUCCAGGGUCACCUCGGAGGACAAGGUCGACCUCCAGGGUCACCUCGGAGGACAAGGUCGACCUCCAGGGCCACCUAGGAGGUCAAGGUCGACCUCCAGGGCCACCUCGGAGGUCAAGGUCGACCUCCAGGGUCACCUCGGAGGUCAAGGUCGACCUCCAGGGCCACCUCGGAGGUCAAGGUCGACCUCCAAGGCCACCUCAGAGGACAAGGUCGACCUCCAGGGCCACCUCGGAGGACAAGGUCGACCUCCAGGGCCACCUCGGAGGUCAAGGUCGACCUCCAGGGCCACCUCGAAGGACAAGGUCGACCUCCAGGGCCACCUCAGAGGACAGGGUCGACCUCCAGGGCCACCUCGGAGGACAAGGUGACCUCCAGGGCCACCUCAGAGGACAAGGUCGACCUCCAGGGCCACCUCAGAGGACAAGGUCGACCUCCAGGGCCACCUCGGAGGUCAAGUUUGCACUUGGCUGGUCGGGAGUGUGCCGAGGAGGACGAGAGAGAACACGAGAUGGUGUGUGGCAGAAGAGCUGGUUCCACAGUGUUGGUGUGGGCCUGGGUGUCGUGGCUCACCUCUGUCGUCAUGCUCCUGGGGCAGAUAAGGUCAGAGGUCACGGCCACUGGAGUUCAGCUUUCGGGAGACUUGAUGCUGGGUGGGCUCUUCCCUGUCCACGAAAAGGGUGACAAGACGCCAUGUUCCUCAGCUGUAUAUGAUAGAGGUCUCCAGAGGCUGGAGGCCAUGUUAUACGCCGUCGAUCUCAUCAACAAUGACUCGAACAUCCUCCCCAACAUCACUCUGGGUGUUCACAUACUAGACACAUGUUCCAA